CUCACUUACCUCCCCCUCGGUGGUUGCAACAUCAUAUCUAAAGCUCUGCGUCCACAACCGCAGUCGCCUUUUACGCACCAGCGAGUGGAGAUUAAUGCUGGAGACCCGCUCUCCUUUUGCCUACGUUGCUCCUAUUAUACCCUAAUAACUGGACUUAUUUAUACUCGACCUCUGUGGAACUAAUCGCUCGCUUGGACUGACCUACAACCUGUACGCGACGAAGAGAUGCGAAUUUUAUCCUGAGACCACAUAUUGCUACAUGCUGCUUUAGAGUGAAGACGUGCAAGGCACCAGCCUACACAUGGAGUCCAGGGUUCCCCACCACGUCCCCGGAGUGUCCUCCUCCCUCAUAUCCCAGCCCCUGCUGGACAGUCGAGUGCCCUACGGCCGCCUGCAGCACCCCCUCACCAUCUACCCCAUCGACCAGAUAAAAUCUUCGCAUGUGGAAAAUGACUACAUCGACAGCCCCACAGUGGUCUCUCAGCAGCCCUCAAGCCAGAAGUCUGUAAAUCGAAGAAUCACCUGGCUCGGUCAGAAUCAGGAGGCCUUCCUGGUGGCAAACCACAACCAUCAUCACAAUCACCAACAGCACCAGCCUGGCAGGUGUGAGCCCCACCUUCAACAGGAUAGCACCACCCAUCCUUGGAUUUCCUUUAGUGGGAGGCCUAGCUCUAUCAGCAGCAGCAGCAGCACCUCAUCUGAUCAGAAGCUGCUGGACCAUGCUGCACCCACCCCAACAGUGGACCACCACCCAAACCUGCACCCCCAACAGGGCACUGUCAACACAAUUACUACCCGAACUCCAGGCUACUUCGCUUCCUCUGAAUCCAAGGUCCUGACCUCCUCUUCUUCUGCUUCCUCCUGCUCCUCCUCCUCCAAAUCACUGGACCUCAAGUCUACAAAGAUGACCACAGGAGGUGUCUGUUCUACUGGAGGCCAGCAGGGAUUAGUGCUGAUUCCUUCUUCCCUGGCUGACAAGAAACACCUCCUUCUCUGUGAGCACUGCGGGAAGUGCCGCUGCACGGAGUGUACGCUCCCCAGAACCCUACCCUCUUGCUGGGUCUGCAACCAGGAGUGCCUGUGCUCUGCUCAGAAUCUGGUGGAUACAGCCACCUGCAUGUGCCUGGUGAAAGGGAUCUUCUACCACUGUGCCGAGGAUGAGGAUGACGAGGGUUCCUGUGCCGACAAACCCUGCUCAUGCUCCCAGACCAACUGUUGCGCACGCUGGUCCUUCAUGGCUGCCCUUUCCCUUGUCCUUCCUUGCUUGGUUUGCUAUCUGCCAGCUAUUGGACUAGCUAAACUGGGACAGAAGUGUUAUGACAACGUUAGUAGGCCUGGCUGCCGCUGCAAGAACUUGCAAGGUGGCACGAGCAUCCCUGUGUGUAAAAAUGGAGGCGUGGAAGCAAAAGUUGGGAUGCUAGAGAAGCAGCAGCAGGGGUCAUGAUACUGGACCAAACUAGCUGGCAAUGGCUUGCUAAAAAAUGGACAGGACCACACAGUUCAUUCUCACUCUCUGUGGAUGGGUCAAUCCAACACCAACCCCCUAAACUAUCCCAUUAAUCUGCUGGAAGAUGACUUAUGUAAAACAAAGGUACUUAAAUGGCUUCCUGACCUGUGCUUGAUAGGGUGGAUGAUCCUAAUGGGCCUAAUCUGGGAGAGCUGGAUAGUUGGAAUAGCCAACAGGCCUAUGAGAUGUUGUUUUUUGUGAGAAGUGACACAAGCAUACAAGACUGGAUUUUGGGACUAGUGUUUGGUGUUGUUUUGCAAAGAUGGCUGAAGGCACAAAGUCCUUGUACCUCUCUGAUGCUCUAUAUUUCUUAGCUAAUUUAGUAACAGUAAUUAACCAGAAGCUGGUUACUGAUCCUCAGAUAACAUAAAGUUAUAUCGUGGAGAUAAUUAUCUGUACAACCCCUGCUCUCCCCAAAAGCACAGCCCCGUGUCCCCCUGUCUAAACAAACAUGAUGAAAACAAAUAAUAACCUAUAGUAUGGUUUUCUGAUAGGCCGCUGCCAGAGUGAAGCCACCACUUACCCGUUCGCUCCACUAUGAUGAUGACCACCAUCUCUUAGUGUUGUACCUUCAACGUGGUAGCUUGGUAUUACUAACAUUUUAUCUCAAUUUUGUCUCCAUGGUGGAGCAGUAAAAACAAAACUUUUGAAACUUUAAAAGAAUAGUAAUUUCCCACAAUUCUCUCCCUCUAUUGUGUGUAAGCAGUUGUACUGCAAAUGAGAGAGAGAUAAUCACGUUACAGUGUGUUUUCUAUUUUGGGGGUUUGAAGCCCAUGCAUUCUUAAAGAUUUUGAAUGCUGUUCACCACUCACCUCAGAGGUAAUGCAUGUCAUGACCUGCAUGCUCUAGUGUAAUGGUUACCUACAGUGCUAGAAGUCAAUGUGUUGUAGAGAAAUGUGUGACAAAGUACACCCAACCUUCUCAGGGACUGUUCCAGUAAUCCUCUCUAGAACUUGGCCUACAGCAUGUUGAUUUCUAAACUGCCUAAGAGCCUAAUGUACUUCCUCUUUGCACAAGAAGGCAAAGAAACAUUUAGGGGCAUAAAGGCAAUAGUGAAUAAUUUAAAACAAGUAAGCUAAGUGAGAGACAAACUGACAAGAGGGAAAAAAAGCUUCCAAAAGAGGGAGGAUGCAAGUGACAGAGAGUGAAGAGGGGAAGGGAAGGCAUAGCAAAAUUAUUGUUGUGUUUGUAUCUAGUCAGCCUUUGUCCAAAUCAAACCUGCCACUUGCACAACCUUUUUAGGAUGCCGCAAACCCCUUAAGGGAUGUACUAAAGCACAGUAUUAACCACCUCAGCUAUCCCACUUUAACAUGCACUACAUUUAGUCCACACACCCCACCCCACUCUCUUUACACACACAGUGUUGUCAUGAUCAUUAUGCUGCAUAGCCAGAGACUCUAUCUUUUAUUCUUAAAGUCUAUUUUUGUGGCUUGCAUGAUGUUCUUAGGACUUUGCCAAAGGAAGCUAGCUUAGAGCAGCAUGUUUUCACUGUCUGAGUGAUCACAGUUGUUAUGCACUCUUGCCAAAUGGAGAUGGCGGCAGUUGGUUCUUAAAGGCAUGCUGCCCUUUAACACAGAUGGCCUUUUCUGUUUAGCAUAAAGGCAUACUGCCUUUGUUGCUCCAUAACACACAUCUCGCUUUCAUGUGGGACCCUCAACUUCCAUUAGGGUGCCUGAGUUUGCUCAUACUUGUCUUGUUGCACAAAACUGGCAUAACAUAGAAAAAAAAAUAUGGCCGUUAGUCUUGAAUGUAUGAGGCAAUAUUUUCAGAACCUAGCAAUUCAGUCUGAAAGAAAGGUGCCAAAACUGAAAACGAUUGUGUGACUGGGCAAAGGUGGAGGUGGAUAGCAAAAAUCACAAAUGUUUGACAAUAUAUUAGUAAUAGAGCUAUGCAGGUGAAAUGUUAUUUGCUGUAAAUAGUUUCACAACAUUUGUGUUCUUUAGAAGAGACUUUUAAAUGUCCUUGAGAGAUUGCAUGGUACAUUAUAACUACAAUUCAGUACAAAAUAUAUAGAGAAUAUAUUAGAUAUAUAUUUUGAGGGUAAAACUAAGAUGUUUUUGAGGUUGUGAGAAAGAGAAAAGAAGGAGGAUGGUGAAAGGAAGGUUUUGGAAGGGGUAACAAAAAUUACAGGUCUUUUUUAUCACUAGCACUUGAUUUAGAAAAGUGUGCCCAACAGAAAAAAAGUCCUGCUAUUUAUGCUAUCCAUGGCUCAUUAGCAGUCAAGAGGCUAAGCUAAUUCCCUGGUUCCUGAGUCCUAAAGACUGUGGACUCAGUGAAUCCACACAGGGAACACAAUCUACCCCUAUCUGGAUCAACCCAUUUCCUGCCUUUACUGCUCAGUGUCUCAGCCCUCUCCUCUCUUUUUCUUUCUCGUUUUUUUUUUCCUGUCCCACUUGUCUCUCCUUCCUCCCUGAGAACUAGUCCAACAAACACCACUGGCCUUGAUUGACUAACACAGCUGCUGUGCAUAAACUUGUCAUACCACAGAGAUGGGGAAAAAAGACAAGUUUGUCUCGCUUUCUCUCCCUUUCUCAUUGCUUUCCCUUGUCUUUGUUUUUCUCUGUGUUCAGUACAAUUGUUUUAACCAGUCAACAUCUAUUUUUAACAGCUGUUGCCUUUCUUUUCUUAUAUUCCUCAGCUCUGUUACUGAAGGAGUCAUGUUGUCCACUUCAUAUUAGCUUUAUUAUUCUUCUACAUGUGCUCACCAGCCUGUUCAAGGUGUGGAAUAAUCACCAACAAAAACUUAAAUAUUAAAACCUGUCCUCCUCCUCUUCUUGUUCUUUGUCUUUUCUUUUUUGUUUUUUGCAGUGCUGUGACAUUUACACACACGUACCCAUUGUGUCACUCAUUUCUGGGCACACAUUCCUUUCUUUCUUUUUUUUCAACCCAAACAAGAGGAAAGGUCUCAUGCAGCUGGGCCUUUGCAGUGUCAUUGUCGGGAUUAAGAAACAAGAUUUGUGCUAACAAAAAGAAAAGUUUCUCUCAUAUAAAAGGUUCCCUUUAUAGAUAUAUUUAUUUUGAAGUUCUAUUUUAUAUAGUAUUUAUUUAGAUGCCAACUUUUUGUUUGUGAAGAAAGCUUAUGUCAAAAUGGAAUGUACA